AUGGCUUCGCUGUACCAGCGGUUCACGGGCAAGAUCAACACCUCGCGGUCCUUCCCGGCGCCCCCGGAGGCCAGCCGCCUGCUGGGCGGCCAGGGGCCCGAGGAUGAGGGCGCGGGGCCCAAGUCCCUGGCAGCCCAGGCGCCCGCGGCGGUGCCCCGGGAGCGCGGCGGCGGCGGCGGCGGCGGCACGGCUGGCCGACCCCGGUUCCAGUACCAGGCGCGGAGCGACUGUGAAGACGAGGACGAGCUGGUGGGGAGCAACCCUCCACAGAGGAACUGGAAAGGGAUCGCCAUCGCGCUGCUCGUGAUCCUGGUCAUCUGCUCCCUGAUCGUCACCUCCGUCAUCCUGCUGACGCCAGUGGAAGACAACAGUCUCUCCCAGAAGAAGAAGGUCACGGUGGAGGAUCUCUUCAGUGGCGAGUUCAAAGUUCAUGACCCGGAGGCUAAGUGGAUAAGCGAUAAAGAAUUCAUCUACAGAGAACAGAAAGGAAAUGUGAUACUGCGGAAUGUUGAAACUAAUCUGUCUACAGUGUUAAUAGAAGGCAAAAAAAUUGAAUCAUUGCGAGCCGUCAGAUACGAGGUGUCUCCCGAUAAGGAAUAUGCACUUUUCUCCUACAACCUGGAACCCAUACACCGACACUCCUACACUGGAUACUAUGUCCUGAGCAAAAUCCCUCACUGGGACCCUCAGCGUCUAGACCCCCCGGAGGUGAGCGACGCGAAGCUGCAGUAUGCGGGCUGGGGCCCGAAAGGCCAGCAGCUGAUAUUCAUCUUUGAGAACAACAUCUACUACUGCGCUCACGUCGGGAAGCAGGCCAUCCGCGUGGUCUCCACGGGGAAGGAGAACGUCAUCUACAACGGCCUCAGCGACUGGCUGUACGAAGAGGAGAUUUUGAAGACCCACAUCGCCCACUGGUGGUCUCCGGACGGUACGAGGCUCGCCUACGCCACCAUCAAUGACUCCCGCGUGCCCGUCAUGGAGCUCCCAGCCUACACGGGUGCCGUGUACCCCACCGGGAAGCUCUACCACUACCCCAAGGCCGGGUGUGAGAACCCCAGCAUUUCCCUGCACGUCAUCGGCUUGAACGGGCCCACCCACGACCUGGAGAUGACGCCGCCCGACGACCCGCGGAUGAGGGAAUACUACAUCACCAUGGUGAAGUGGGCCACCAACACCAAGGUCGCCGUGAACUGGCUGAGCCGGGCGCAGAACGUGUCCAUCCUCACCCUCUGCGACGCCACCACGGGCGUCUGCACCAAGAAACACGAGGACGAAAGUGAGGCCUGGCUCCACAGACAGAAUGAAGAGCCGCUGUUCUCCAGGGACGGGCGAAAGUUCUUCUUCGUCAGAGCCAUCCCGCAGGGCGGGCAGGGCAAGUUCUACCACAUCACCGUGUCGUCCUCCCAGCCCAACAGCAGCAGCGACAACAUCCACUCCAUCACGUCGGGGGACUGGGACGUGACCCAGAUCCUGUCCUACGACGAGAAGCGGAAUAAGAUCUACUUCCUCAGCACCGAGGACCUGCCCCGGAGACGCCACCUCUACAGCGCCAGCACGGUGGGCAACUUCAACAGGCAGUGCCUGUCCUGCGACCUGGUGGGCAACUGCACCUACUUCAGCGCGUCCUUCAGCCACAGCGCCGACUUCUUCCUGCUCACGUGCGAAGGUCCUGGUGUCCCCAUGGUGACCGUGCACAACGCUACAGACAAGACAAAAAUGUUUGACCUGGAAACAAAUGAACACAUACGGAAGGCUAUAAAUGACCGGCAGAUGCCCAAAGUGGAAUACAAGCAAAUCAAGAUGGAAGAUUACAGCCUGUCCAUGCAGAUCCUCAAGCCCGCGACCUUCACGGAUACCACGCACUACCCGCUGCUCCUGGUGGUGGAUGGCGCCCCGGGCAGCCAGAGCGUGGACGAGAAGUUCGCGGUGACCUGGGAGACGGUGCUGGUGAGCAGCCACGGCGCCGUGGUGCUCAAGUGCGACGGCCGGGGCAGCGGCUUCCAGGGCACCAGGCUCCUGCACGAGGUGCGGCGGCGGCUGGGCCUGCUGGAGGACAGGGACCAGCUGGAGGCCGUGCGGACGAUGCUGAAGGAGCAGUACAUUGACAGGACGCGCGUGGCCGUGUUCGGGCAGGACUACGGUGGCUACCUGAGCACUUACAUCCUCCCGGCGAAGGGAGAAAACCAGGGUCAGGUGUUCACCUGCGGCUCUGCUCUCUCUCCAAUAACGGACUUCAAGCUCUACGCGUCGGCAUUUUCCGAGCGGUACUUGGGCCUCUACGGACUGGACAACAGAGCGUAUGAGAUGACCAAGGUGACCCACCGGGUGUCGGCGCUGGAAGGGCAGCAGUUUCUGAUCAUCCACGCGACGGCCGAUGAAAAAAUCCACUUCCAGCACACAGCAGAGCUCAUCGCACAGCUCAUCAAGGCGAAGGCCAACUACAGCCUGCAGAUCUACCCGGACGAAAGCCAUUACUUCCACAGCGAGCGCCUCCGGCAGCACCUGUACCGCGCCAUCGUCACCUUCUUCGCGGAAUGCUUCCGGGUCCAGGACAAACCCCCGGCAGCCCCGGCGAAGGAGGAGGAGGAGGAGGAGGACUGAGCGCCUGGCAGCCCCACAGUGUGGCUCUCCCUGGACCAGGGUUGGGCUGGGGACCCCGCCCCCGCUCCCGAGGCGCUGGGGUGGGGGCGGUGCGUUCCCCUUCCGUAGCACGUGCGUCUUGGGCCCUGAAGGCAGUUUUGCUUCAGAAACCAGCUCCUUCCCGAGUGGAGAUGCCUCCUCCCUCCCACGCGCCCCCAGGGAGCCCGGGACCCUCACGCAUGCCUCCUGCCGGCCACACAGCGGCAGGUGCGCCCGCGCCCCCAGGAACCAGGUCAGGGCGGAGGGCAGGGAAGAAGUUGGCCGGCUUCUCGCCGUCUGGUGGCGGCGUAGCGACCCACCGCCCAGGCACCACGUGCCUCUGAUGGAGCCACGCCGUGGGAACCCCAGAGCACAAUGCCCAACCGCUCCCCCUCCGCUGCCUGCUCCUCUGUCACCGGGAGUCAGCCCUGUGCGCCGCGGCGCUAGCGGCGAACCUCACGGAAUCAAUGCGUAUUUUUCUAUGGUUUUUACCUGACAUGGUCUGCGGCCACGGGGUUGCUUCUCUGUGCUUGUUUUGUUUGUUUGUUUGUUUGUUUGUUUGUUUGUUUGUUAUCCUUGGUUUUGCUUCGUUUCCUUCCGUGGGUUGUAAGCUUCCGCGUGUUUGGAGGAAGAAACGGAUGGGAAGUAACUAACCGCUCUCUCCUGAGUGGGCUUCAGACUUUAGGGAGAUAUUUCAAAACACCGAGGGGAAAACAGCCAACACCACUUACUAAAACAGGAAAAUACAUAAAUAAAAGCUCUCCCACAGCUGCCCGGGUCCGGCU